AUGGCUAGCAACCCCUAUGAAGUCGAACACAACAUCAAAAAGCCGGCGCAUCCGCCGCACAAGCGCCGUCCUGACAUGUCGAGCUUCACCUCGCACCUACACCAAAUAUCGCAAGACAACUCCACAAACAGCCGACGAGAACAACAUCUAGGCCCGACACCCGUGGAUGCAGCAGGUCUGUUCCGCCUCGUGCAGGACCAAUUCGCGACACUUGCGGUCGAUGCCCCGACGCCUGAGAACCAGGCUUUCUUGGAGUCGCUAAUGCGGGUGCUGGAGUCGGAUAUUGGUGCGCCGCCGGAUUCUAUCCCAGGCGUCACGCAGGAGUAUCUAGAUGGCCUGGAUCGCGUGCCUCGGAAGCAAUUGAAGAAGGAUGAGAGCUGUCCGAUUUGUGCAGAGCACUUUGUGGAUGACCCGUAUCCAUUGGUGGUGGAAUUGCCGUGCCAUGGAAGCCAUCGGUUUGAUUUGGAGUGCGUGGGGCCUUGGCUGUUGAGUAAGGGGUCGUGUCCUAUGUGCAGGAAAGAUCUUACGAAAAAGAAGGCUGUGGAGAUUCCGAAGGAUGAAGAAGAGGACGAUUUCGAUGGGUUGUAUGGUUGA